AUGUCAUUAAAUGAAGUACCCCAAAAUAACGGCCAGGGACUUCGAAAAGUGAAUGGUCGUCCCAAAAUUGUCGUACCUGAAGGAUCGCCCUCUCGAAAUAGUGAUAGUGCCUCUUUUACACUAGAAGGAGAUACCUCCCUUAACGAUGACCUACUAAGUAUAUCCGGUAGUGUUACGCCAAGAGCGAGGAGAUCUUCGAGAAUGAGUCUUGAUUCUAUAACACCACGAAGAAGUUUUGACUCCAGGACCCUAUCUGUUGCAAAUAGUAGAUCAUUUGGAUUUGAAAAUGAAACACAUAGUGGAUCCAUGGAUUUUUCACCACUAGGGAACAACUCUAUCUAUGAAAUUGUCAUGAACACAAGAAGGAAAAACUGGCUUAACUAUCCGACUGUUGCUGAUAUUCCACAGGUUAGUCUGAGCAAAAACGACUUAGAUGACCAUUGGAAAACGCAUGUAAGAGAAUAUGUCGAAAACAUCAAAAGUGAAUAUCAAAUAUUUCAAAGCACAAACAAUAUCAGAAACAUGAAUCAAACUGAACAACUAAAAGAACUUCGAGACGGCGAAAAUAUGAACGAGGAGCUGUUUGAAGAGAAUAUCAAGCAAGGUGACCCUGGACUAAUAAGCAGUGUACCUAAUUUUUACUUUUCAGACGAUUUUCAAUUAGAUAACCCUCGAACCUUUCAUAAGGUAUUAGAUGCAAUUGAUUUGUUUUUAACAAAACCAGACAUGAAAGUGCAAACACGAAGGGACGAGGCCUUUUUUGAAUUAAGAGACAAACUAACCGAUUACUUGGAUAUUGUAGAAACUUUAUUAGUAACAGAGAUAUCCAAAUCCUCUCAUAAGUUUUUCCAUGCACUAAGUGAGGUUGACAGUAUUCAGAAAAGGGCCUAUGAUACGUUAAGUAAGCUGGAGGAGUUGGCACAAAAUAUCAAGAUUAUCGACGGGGACAAUAUUAACAAAAAGAUUUCACACCUGGAAAUGAUUUUUAAAAGAAAAAACGUGGAGAAACUGGAGCAAGGGCUAUUGCAGGCAAAAUUAGUAUUGAACAAAACAGAUGAGUGCAGUAUAAUGUAUAAGGAAAACAAAUUUGAUAACUGUUUAGAACUUAUAAAGUCAAUUGAUCAUCUAAUAAAAGGGGAUGAUUCAGUCAACAAAGAUGUUCAAAACUGGACACGAUCAUGGCCUUAUAAACUAAGCAAUUUAAAAACGAUACCAUCUUUAUCAACAACGAGGGAGUUUUUAACGAAUAUGAAAAUAGAAAUAGGAGGAAAGUUUAGUCUGCAAUUAUCAAACCUACUAAUUGAUGAUUUAAGGUCCUUUUGCCAAUCAAUCGAACCUAAUGAAACAUUGUAUAGGAUACAAACAGGAUCUAAUGAUAAAAAGCAAACUAUAUUUACUGAUAAGUUCUCUUCAGAGAUAGGCGAACUAAUAGUCAAGCUAAAUAGAUGCGAAGAACUGACUAGUGCAUUCGACUUGUACAGAGAAAAAUCUAUUAUGGAGCUCAAAUCUGUUAUAAAAAUUCAUUUGCCAACUGAAAAUAUACACUCUGACAAUAAAGAUGUUAUUGUCAAUACCCAUGAUGAGAAACAACCUAAUAAUGGCUCUACAAGCGGAUCCAAGCUUUCAAGACUAAUAAAGGAGCAAACACCUGCUGAAUUUCAGUCCAUGCUCUUAAAAAUAUUCACGCAUGCGUUAGAGGCCCUCCGAAGGCUUUACGGGCAUCAAAAGUUGCUACUAGAUAUAUCUCUUAACGAGCUGGCAUCCGUUAAAAGUCCAAAUGAAAACCAGCACAAUAUGAUUACACAGCUGGAUAUACGUACCGGUAUCAACGAAAUAAUUAGGAUUAUUCAGCUGCGUACAGGUAAGAUCAUUGCUGUAAGAAGAGAACUGAACUUAUCUCUACGAUACGACUAUUUCUUGAAAUUUUAUGCAAUAUGUGUUCUUUUUAUUCAGGAAUGUGAAGUACUAAGUGGAGAAUUUUUAACGAAAUAUUUAAGUAAUGUUUUAGCAUCUCAGAUCAAGUAUUAUGCUAGUGCACAAAGUUCCAAAAACUACCGCAAUAUAAAAAAAAAGAUCGACGCCGAGGAAUGGGUACCAUAUAUCGUAGACCCGUCCAUCCAGAGCGAUGUCAACGAUAUUGUAUCAAGCAUAGAUAUAGACCCAUUAAGUUGGACAGCUAUUUUAGAUAUGACAGGAAAUUUUAGUGUUCAUGAAAAUGACAUAAGUGACACGAGUAGUGGCAAAAGAAAAAAUGAAGGCGACGAAGCAUCACAAGGUCAUAGAAAAUCGGUUGUUGUUGGUGAUAAAACGUUUGUCGCAAGCAGCUCCCUACUCGCUGCCAUUGAAGUCAUUAAGGAGUUAAUGGCCCUCUCAAUAAACCUUCCCUCUAUUUAUUUGUCAAAUUUUGAGAAGUUGUGCUAUGACAUGCUACAAUACUAUAAUAAUAGCGCCAUGGCAUCUGUCACACAACCUGGAAACUCGCUUUUAAAAACAGGCAGAAACUUGUCUAUUAUGGGAGAAUCAUUGGACUGUCUUGCCGAGUUUGUGAUUAUCGUUCAAAGAUUUUAUCAAAGACUCUCCAACUCUAGCAGGGACUUCGAGCCUUUUGAUCCCAGCCAUUAUACAAGCUUAUUAGAGCAAUACCAAGCUUCAUCGAAUAAAAUAUACACGGCCAAUGCUCCACCUCUACCUGCAUAA